AUGCCAAGGGAUCAGGCGCGCAAGCACACCUUUACCGCAACGAUGGAGGAUGGGCUCACGACGUGGCAGCGGCUGCAGCAGUGGGGCGCGGCGGCGGAGCUGCUGUACGCGCCGCACAGCCCCGUCAACCAGCCGCCAUCGCUGAAGGAGCCGCACACGUUCCUCGUGGCGCGCCGCAUCGCCACCGUCAUGGCGCGCCUCAACGAGCUGUGCCAAAAAGAGGCAGAGGUGGUGCUGACACCGCGCGAUGCACUGGUGGAGCUGGCGGACAUCGUGCGCUUCGCCCUCGUAUCAUUCCACCGGGAGGUUGUGGUGGGGCAGCUGGGGCGCGCGGACAUCGCCGCCGUGUUGGCGGAGUACGUUGCGAACAGGACGGCGCCGCAGGCUGGCGUGGUGGAGGGGCUUCACGUCAUCACCUGGGUGAGCGUGAAGCUGCGCGUGGAGAUGUUCGUUGAGCAGCUGCGCAAGCGGCUCGCGCUGGAGCUUGGCGGCGACGUGAGUAACAGGCACACGCCGCAGCAGCUGGCGGCACUGCGCACCACCGUCACGCUGCUAAGCGACUUUGAAGCCUCGUAUGACAACGCCCUUGUCACAUUCCCGUGUGUGCAGCUCAUGGACACCACCCCCGAGGCGGCGGAGCAGCUGAUGUCCAUCCUCUUGCGGCACUACUACCAACUCGCCGAGUGGGUGGACCAAGUUGAAAGCAGCACCUUGCAGCCGCCCAUCACUGGCACAUGGGUGCAGUCCGUUAGCCGUGAAACGGCGACGGUGGUGCUGCGCCGCACAGAUGUGACAUCCCCGUGGGGAAUGCUUUUCAACGAGUGCGGGCGUCUGGUGGGCAUCGAUGUCACACUUCGCUCCACUUCUGCGGAGGGCGAGGAGCUGCACCAGCUUCUGCGUGGCACCACGCAGGGCACCACGGUGGUUGCUGUGAACUCCACGACGGUGCCGGGCGUCAUGCCUGACGGCGCGUCGGGGGUGAUUGAGCUUAUUGCGAGUGCCACAAAGAGUAACAAGCGUCUGGUGGUGAAGCUGGCGCCGGACACACUAAAGCAGCCAAAGGUGCACCAGCUGGCCUUUCUUGUGCCAAACCAGGGGGGCGAGGGCUCCUCUGGUCAGCGGGCAACGCUCGUCCUUUACCGCCCCGACCGGCGUCUGCCAUGGGGCUGUGAAUUCACCGAAAGCCUUGUUGUUAGCAACGUGCCAAAGCGAGCGUUGCUGGAAAGCGCCAAAAACUUCUUCUCUGAGUACAAGGGGCGUGUUGGUCUUUUGGCGGUAAACGGGGUCGAGGUGACGAAUGCCAGUCAAGCAGAAGCGUUGUGCGCUGACACUGAGACGAUUGUAUUAAAUCUUGUCCUUGUCUCGCCCGCCAUUAACGAUCAUCGCCGGAGCGCCAAGACACACACGAUCUCCACCACUCUUAGUCCGAAACUGAUCGGGGAAGCUAGGGAAACACCGCUGGUGGAGACGGGCACGGCACGAUUUCCUGAGCAGAAAAAGCGCAAGUCCCCGAAAAAACAACAAAAGAAAGGCGAGCCACUGAACGCUGAGGAGGUUGACGCUGCGGCGGAUGCGAUGUACGCUGCAGAUGCCAACGAGGCGGAGGAGUUAACUGCUGAGCCGGAGCCGCUGGCGGAGGAGGAUGACGUGAAGGAGACUUACCCUAUGGUCGCCGACGAGGAAGCCACACCAGAGGAGGUGGUUGUCGCUGAUGCGGAGCAACAGGAGGGUGUGGUGGCAGCUGCGGCGGAGACGCCAAAUCCGCUCGUGCUGUCCGACAACGUCAAGAUCGAGCUGCUGACGCCAAGUGAGAUGGUCAUUCACCGCAACUCCGCCAGCAGGAAGUGGGGACUCACACUCGAGAGCGCGGGCGAUGGGGCGGACCGGACGUUGCGCAUCACGCAGCUGCUGGAGCUGGCGUCGAGGCGCGACCCCAGGCGCCGGCACCCGUUCUACAAGACAUUCGAAAAGCCGCCAGUGAAGACGGAAUGGCGCAUUGAAAGUGUGAACGGCACGCCCGUCUCGAAGUCGCCGGAACUGCUGGACAUUAUGCGGCGCUCCCUCACAAUGCGCAUCAAGUUCUUUAGGGGACGAUAG